AGAAGCAGCCCACACGCAGACAAAUUCCGACAAUGGUUGGGAAAGCAGUAGGGCUACUGCGACUCCUUUUGGAUUUUUCUAAUUGAUUAUCAUUUAUCGCUUUCCUGUACUGUAAUGGGUCCAUCUCCGUGAAACAUUAUAUAGGUCCUCCAUUCUGAAUUUGCAUGUAGGUGUUUUUGGCUCCUUCUGUUGGUUAUGAUCAUCAUCACUAUCAGAAACCCAGAUAGCUUUUUUUUUUUUGGAGGUUCAUAAUGUCGCAGAAGAGACCGCAGGAAGAAGGGAAGGCUCGAUCGGAUGGGAAUAGCCCUGAGGAUAAGCGCAGGAGGAUUCCGACUUUUAGGAGUGUGGUUCAGGAGGUUAUGAGGAUACAAUCAGUUCAAAAUUUUCUCGAGCCGGUUCUGGAGCCCUUGAUUCGUCGGGUGGUCAAAGAGGAAGUUGAAUUGGCUUUUAGAAAGCAUUUGAACAGCAUUAGAAGGAAUAGUGAGAAGGAAAUUAAUGCUACUGAAUCAAGGAUCCUACAACUUCGGUUCUUAAAUAAUCUCUCUCUUCCUGUCUUUACCGGAGCUCGAAUUGAAGGUGAAGAAUCUUCUGCCUUAAAAGUAGGUCUGGUUGAUGUUCUGACCGGGCAAAUUGUUACCUCUGGCCCUGAGUCUUCUGUCAGGGUGGAAAUUGUAGUUCUUGAGGGAGAUUUUGACGGUGAUGAGGGUGACAAUUGGACUCUUGAAGAAUUUAAGAAUAACAUAGUGAGAGAAAGAGAGGGAAAGAAAGCACUUCUUACUGGAGAUGCAUUUGUCAUGCUACAAGAAGGCGUCAGUGCAGUGGGUGAUAUUUCAUUCACAGAUAAUUCAAGCUGGACAAGAAGCCGCCGCUUUAGACUUGGUGCAAGGGUUGUGGAUGGCUCUGACGAAACUAGAAUAAGAGAAGCAAAGACAGUAUCAUUCAUUGUCAGGGAUCAUCGUGGUGAACUAUAUAAGAAGCAUCACCCACCGUGUCUGUCUGAUGAAGUGUGGAGAUUGGAAAAAAUUGGCAAAGAUGGGGCUUUCCACAAGCGUCUUUGUCGGGAAAAUAUCUAUACUGUAAAAGAUUUCCUGACACUGCUCUUUGUAGACCCCUCAAGGCUCAGACAUAUCCUUGGCACAGGUAUGUCUGCUAAAAUGUGGGAAGUUACUGUUGAGCAUGCACGGACAUGUGUGCUUGACAGUGGGCUGUACUUGUACUGUCCUUCCGGUUCUCAACAGAAAUCUGGUGUGGUCUUCAAUGUUGUGGGACAAAUGCUGGGACUACUUUCAGAAUGCCAGUAUAUGCCUAUUGAUAAGCUGUCUGAAACAGAAAAGGCUGAAGCUCAAAGCUUGGUAAUUGCCGCAUCUGAGCACUGGGAGGAAGUUGUUUCUUAUGAAGAUGAAGCUGCUCUGGUUGGUGGCUCUUCAAACUUGACUAGUGCCGAUAUUUCUAAUGGGAACAAGCUUUUGGAUUCUCAAAAGAUUGUUGGAAUUGAUUAUGCACAACCGGAUGCUUCCUCUCCUGAUAUCAUUUCGUCCAUCUAUAAUGUUGGUGGUGUGAGUAGCUUGGAUGAUUUUACUUUGCAUGGUAUUGAAGAUAUGGGUCUUAGAUAUGACCAGCCUUUGAGUUAUCCUGGACAAGUAAUCUGUGACACAGAAUCCAUUUCUCAAGUUUUCUGCGAUGACGAACAUCUUGGAUUUUUUGAUAGUGAUCUGCAAUCCUCGAACCUUGCUCUGGAAUCACCAGUUGAUCUAGAAAGUGCUGUCAGCGGAUUCUUAUUGCAGCGAACAACAGCUGUUACAGCCGUUGAUAAAGCACAGAGGAGAUGGACCAAGCUGUUCAGUAUUUUGAAAUGGUUCUCCAUAAGGAAACUAGUGGAAAAAAGAACCCGUGUACGAGAAGUGACGAGAUACAGCAAUGUACUGUGAAUUAUUCAUGGUCACGGUUCCAUGUAUCAUGUUAAUUUCUGCCAAAGUAAAUUUUAUGUGCAGUUGUAGUUUCGAACAAAGCUGGAACGUAGACGUGGAUACAGUUAGUAGUUUAUGAAUCCUGUUCUGUUGGCAGGAGAUCAGACAUCCCUUUUCUUUUUGAUAUUAAACUGUAAAUAUGUAGGCGCUGUUUACAGGAGGAUUGUGCAGGUUUUUUGCUGUAAAAUAUUUAGUCGCUUCGUAUCAUAUGAAGUUUCGACUGCAAAUAGGAACAGCCUCUAUGAUGGUACCUGCAUUUCCUGUUCAAUUUUCCUCUUUAAUAAAGAAAUGCAUUUUUC